AUGUCUUCCAAACUAGUUGGUGGACCUCGAGUUGCAGCUUGUGUGGCUCAGAUAUUGGAUGGCGCCAAAUGCGGAUACGUCCAAUGGGGCUGGGAGAACAUCGAUUCGUGGACGAAGGGGGAGAAGAUGGGAUUCAAGGAAACCGAGUUUGCGAUCCCUGAUUGCAAAAUUGAAUAUGCCAUUAGCGUCUUAGAAGCCAAUGGGGCUCCCCGCUGCGAGGACCCGAAAUGCAUUGAAUUCAAGCAAGACUGGUAUCAAGUCUUCGUAGAUGAGGAGCUUGACGCUGACGGGUACACCAACACCGAGUUUGUACCUUUCAGGACCAAGACAGCGCCCAUUUGGAGGGCACCCAUUUGGAGGGCUACUGCUCGGAAUUCAAGGAGACCCGAUCUGGAUUCGAAAAACCGGACACAUCCUGUAGGCGCCGCGCAUUUUCACUACAAGGACAACGACGGGGUGCUUACACUUCUGUGCCAGAGUGAAAUUGCGCCCUGGCUUGCAGAGAUAGAGACAGGCCCUCCUGCUCCUGGGGACCCCAAUCUAGUCAUGAUAGACCGGCCUGGGUUGCAUCCAGUCAAGAUCUUGCGGCCCGCUUCGUUUACUGAGGCCGUAAUCCGACUGCUCUGUCGCGAUAUGUUCCGUCAUAACGACGACCUUGCGCUCCUAUGGAUGUUCAUGGUUGAUCGUAUCAAGGAGGAAGAGACCACGUUCUCUCGACACCUCCGGCCCGAAUUCCAAGCCGCCUGGGAUGGGCUCAUGGGCCGUGGUCGCUACAAAAAUCGCGUGAUCGAGACUGCGCAGCUCCGCGAGAAACUCAUUGCAGAGAACAGGCUUCCAGCCGACCUUCCUUGCAUCAGCAUCGACAAAAAGUUCGAAGAUAUGCCGAGUCAAGAUGCGCGGCAGCUGAGAAGGGAAAUCCAAUUCGAGAAGUUCAAACCAUUAGGUGAAAGAUUCGGGGUCGAAAUACUAAAGAUGGCUAAGGAAUCGCCAGAUACAGAUAUUGAACCCAUUCGCAUUCUUCAUAGGUUCUUCCGCGAUUGUUAG